GCGGCAGUACCGCCCCGGUGUAUCCCGGCGUGCCCCGCGCGCCGCCACACGGCGGCCAUGGCGCAGGGCCCGCUCAAGGCGGCGGCCAAGCGCCCCAAGGCGGCGGCGGCGGCGGCGGCGUCCCGGGGCAUUCGCGGCCCGCGGAAGGGAGGCCGCGCCAUCGCCCCCAAGAAGCCGCGCGUGAUCCAACAGCAGAGGCUGAAGAAGCGGCUGGAGGUCGGGAUCCGGAUGCGGAUCGAGCAGGAGACCGUGCAGCGCGCGCAGGGCGGGCUCCCCAAAAAGCUGGGCCUGCUCACAGCGCCCACCCCCGCCAAGGACAAAGCCAAGAAGGGCCGCGGCUGAGCCCCCCACUCCCGGCGGGGAAGGACCCCUGAGCCCCCCCCUCCGCGAGCUCCGUAAGGCGCGGGGGCGCUCCGGGCCGUUCUCACACUGUUCUUUAAUAAAAGGGAUUUGUGUCUCGCCCACA